UAAACCCGCCUCCAUUACCGAGGGCGAGCGCGAGCGUCCCGCGCGGGACGGUGAGAGAGAGAGGGAGAGAGAGAGAGUGUGACGGGAUUUACGGUAAACACACACACACACACACACACACACUUUACACCGACUUCCUCCUGCUGAGAUUCGUUUUUACGAGAAGUUGUGGAGUUUGGUCACACGGGGGACCUGUGAGGAGUCAGGAGAGGAGAAAUGUCAGGGGAAGUGCAGCCGAAGCCUCCAUAGGAGCAAGAAACACAGUCCUGUGGUCGAUCCAGCUAGCCUGAUCGGAGUGCCGAGGUUUCCUUGCCAUGUGGAGCUGCAUGGUUUAUAAUGAGACGGAAGGCAGCACCAACCUGGCUGUGUGCUGGGACUUGGGCCUGGCUCUGUCCGUCUUCUCCUUCUUUUACCUUAUCGUGUGCUUCCCCGUGGGUCUGUGCUACAACGCCCUGCUGGUCGCGGUCAACCUCUCUAACAAGAUGUCCAUGACGAUGCCGGACGUCUACUUUGUGAACAUGGCCAUCGCCGGACUGGUGCUGAACCUAGUGGCUCCCGUUGAGCUCCUCGGCCCGGAUUUUACUCUUUGGCCUGCGUGGGAGCAUAACGACGAGGUCUACAUCACCCUCCUGAUCCUGUUCAACAUCUCCUCUCUGGUGAUCAUGUACUCGACAGCGCUGCUCAGUCUGGACUACUACAUCGAGCGGGCGCUGCCACGCACCUACAUGUCCAGCGUCUACAACACCAAACACGUGUGCGGCUUCAUCUGGGGCGGCGCGGUACUCACCAGCUUCUCCUCGCUCCUCUUCUACGUCUGCAACCACGUGUCGGCGAAGAUCCUGGAGUGCUCCAAGAUGCAGAACAAAGAGGCCGCCGAUGGGAUCAUGACGCUCAUCGGGUACGCCGUGCCGGCCGCCGCCGUGCUCUACGCCCUCUGCUUGAUCCUGCGCAUCCGCAAGGAGGCCACGCCCUUGGACCAGGACUCAGGAAGGAUGGAUCCUUCUAUCCACAGGCUGCUCCUGGCAUGCGUGGGCGUCCAGUUCGUCCUGUGGACGCCUUACUACACCACGCUGCUGCUGCUCACGGUGGUGGACGCGCCGCGGGCGCAAACUGUCGGCACCUACGCCUUUCUGAGAGGCUUCUCACAGCUGCUCGCCUUCUCCAGCAGCUUCGCCAUGCCGCUCAUGUACAGGAAGAUGAACAGAAACUUUGCCCACAAGCUUCAGAGACUGUUACGGAGGCUGCACUGCGGCAAGCAGUCGUGUCCUCACGAACACUCGGUCAUACAGCAAGUGAUCACGUGAGACGUCUCGGCACUUCCCGGACAAACCACAGACCUCUGUUAAACCGUAAAACUGUGGAAUCUAUCUCAUGUAGAACUUUUCAGCCAGUUAAGUCUCCUUGGAGAAGAAUACCGAGAAAUCCCGACUCGCCCCGCAGUCUGGGAAAGAAAACUUGAACUUCUGUGUGGUGGCGUUGUGUUACAGGAUGUUGUGAUUUGAUUUCAGUGCUCAGUGACCAACUUGAACUCAUUAAGCUGAAAGCUGUGUACAUCUUCAUCAAGGCUAAUUAGCCAUAAUGCUCUUUUCUGAAGCAAGCGUUAUCAUGAGACUUUUUUUUUUAUUAUUGUUAUUAAGGAUAACCAACUCAUUAUGUUAUGAUAUUAGAAAACACAAUUAAUUAAUCAAAGCCAGUGAAGAUUACUGGUCGAGGGGCAAAAACCCUCCUUCAAGCUUUUUUUCUUUUUUCAUUUUGUGAAUCUGAAAAGAAACGGGUAUUUUGAGACACUGAGAGGUGCGGUGUUAAACGUCGGCCAGUGUGACAAGAUGCUAAAGAAAACCGAGCAUUCCAGCUUAGUUAAUCAUUAUUCAACUCUGACCAAAGUCUCAUCGAUUGUAGUGGAAAAUAUUUUAGGAGCAAACAUUGCUUAGUCGAACACCAUCAGGUCUAAACAGGAGCAGUAAAGGUAAAGGUAAGACGAGAGUCACCUGAUGUAUUAAAAAAAUGAACAUACUGUACGCUUCUCCACCAGAUUUAUCUGCUCGUACAUGGACCUGAACCAGACCUUCAUCCUGUUCAUACAGAACUGAUUAAUGAAAGCACUGUGUUAGAAAUUAAAAACUAAACCCAAUGGGACAUAACGAGACGAGCACUUUUAGCACCAAGAAAGAAGUUUACGAGGCAGAGAAACAGCUUUUCUGCUCGCAUGUUGUACCAUUAAUCUACGAGUUUCACUGUGUAUACAGUACUGUGCAAAAGUCUUGACGCCCUCAUUUCUUCAUAUUUUGCUAUGAAAGACUCACUAUUUUUAAAACAGUCUUGAGGAAUAGUUGUCCAGGCUUCCUGAAGGACCUUUUUAGAGGAAUUUGUUUUUGUUUGUUUGCUGACCUAUGAAUCAUUCAAGCAUAAAAAGUCAAGGCAUGAAGCAGUGAGAAACAGAUGAUCAGGCUGGUGAUUAGUGUAUUGAUGAGGCUGAAUGCUGAGUGGUGUGAACGGGCGAAAGGGAAAAUGAGGUCGCUGCUAAUGUUGUUACGUAAACAACAAUUUUUCAAGUGUAUCUUUAGGCACUGUGCAGCCUGUCGCAGUAAAACAUUUGUUUUUGUUUCUUUCAUUUAAUCUACAUCAUUUAAUUUAAUUAACCAUAAAGAAGGAGAAGAAGAAGACUUCUGCGCAGUACUGUACUGUCUUCUUGGUCAUGAGCCAAUACAUUGUUACUACAGGAAGAAUAAAAUCCAUAUAUAUUUUCAAAACAGUACUGUAUGUGUGUAUUGACAGAGCAGAUUAUCAUAUAAUUUUAAUAAAAUCCAUGUAUGUAAACAGAGCAAAGAAAAUAUUUAUGUCUAGCUAUCUAACCUGUAAACGAUUAAAUGCUAAUCGUGAAGCUAUGAUCGUUGCUAGUUGUUUACACGCCCGGUGUAGUAAAUGUAUAUAUGAAAUAUAUGUGUAUAUAUUGUAUGCCAGAGAUUUUACAGGAAUAGACAUCAUUUCAGAAUUACAGUAUUGUUUCUCAGAGAUUUAUGUAGUGAUGAUCGAGGCGAAUAUAAUAAACUAACAUGAACAUUAA